AACGCUGAUUCUGCUCGGAUAUCUCAGGAGCAGAAACUAAAGGAGCGAGAGAAGGAGUUGAACAAGGACAUAGCUCAACACAUGGAUACAGCUCGAGCUGGCUAGAAGCUGCUGGCAGAGACGAAGAACAAGAUGCAGCAGGAGAUCAAACAGUGUGAGACAGAGCAGAACCGUCUGAAGUCUCAAUGUGAGAAGCUUGAGCAGGAGAAACAGCAGCUGCAGAGGGAGAAGAAGGAGCUGACAGACAAACUGGCAGCCAUCGACCACGCCCUCAAGACACAUGAUGCCUCCCUUGCAGCCAUGCAGAAGACUGUUGAUGAUGCAGUUGCUGAAAAGAACAAGGUUCUCCGUGACAUGGAGGAGACCCAGAGAAAGAUGGAGGCCACUCAGCAGCAGACACAGAAGAUGAAGGAGACCACAGACCGUGUAGACCAGGUUAAUAAUGAUCUGCGGGCCAAGAUGAUGGACAAGGAUCUUGAGCUUGAGAGUGCUACAGCUGAGUGUGAACGUUUGGCUGCCAGACUUGAGUCAGAGACUGUACAGAUGCAGCAGAAGAUCGAGGGGUUGGAGGCAGGGAAGGGAGAAGCGGAGGCUGGCCUUUCCAUGUCCAAGCUGAAUGUUCUCAAACUUAACAAGCAGUUUGUAGACCUCAAGUCAGAGAAGCAGAGUGUGGAACAGGCACUGGAGGAGAAAGAAAAGGAACUGGCUAAAAUGACAGCUCAGAAAUGUGAGAUGGAGAGACUCCACGAUGGCAUGAAGGGGCAGCUGGACCACCAGGCUGAUCGGUUUGACAAGCUUGCUCAUGAUCUGACAGAGAAAGAGAAUGAACUGAAGGACCUGACAAAUAGUCUCUGUCAGAGAGAUGCAGAGUUACACAAGAUGAAGAAUCAGAAUGAUGAAAAGGAUCUGGCUCUGCAGAACAAAGCUUCCAUUGUGGAAUCAAGGGAUCAAGAAAUUCACAAACUGAAGGACUCCUCAAGGAAAUGGAUGAACAAAUGUCAGAAAGGAAGAAGGACUUUGAUGUAG